AUGAGAAAAGCUGGGUGGAACUUGGAUGUAGUGGCCAACGCAGUUCAUCCAAACAUCAACUAUGCAAAGAAAGGGCAUAAUCAGUUUGCACUUUUGUCAUAUGUAUGUUUAGUGAUGUUUCAAGGUUUUGAUUUGGAAGAUUUUGGGAUGAAUUCCGGUGAACCCAUGUCAGAUGGCCAUGAUUUAGAUUCAGAAAAUAAAAGUAGGUUUUUGAAGCAACUGCUUGAGCAUGUAUCCAGCAAUCCAAUGGAGUUGCUUAGCAUCCAUCCUACUUGCGAGUUUUCAAAAUUUUGCGAGCAGCAAUACGAGAGACUUAUCCAUCCUACGAUGGAAUCAUCCAUUUUCAUUGAUUUGGAUGGAAAUGAAACGGUACUGAAGUCAUGGAGGUCAAUAAGCAUGUUCUAUGAUGCUUUUGUUAGAAUGGCUAGCGCCAUAUGGACACUUCAUAAGUUAUCCCAUGCCUUUGAUCCCGUGGUAGAAAUUUUUCAAGUGCAGAGAGAUGUAGACUUCUCAAUGGUAUACAUGGAGGAUGUUACAAGGAGAGUUACUUGGCCAAACAAAAGAAGGGCAAAAGUGGGAUUCACAGUGGUUCCAGGAUUUAAAAUAGGGGAGAUAGUUAUUCAAUCACAGGUUAGUUGUGUAGAGCUCUGUACAGAAUACUACUCCGUUUCUGGGGACUAUGAAAGCUGA